CGAUGUUUGUAUCGCGCGCACAGACCCAAACACGCACGCAGGCUUUGAAGCAGUGUGUCUGCUGUCCUUGGACGACGAACAAGGCUGGACGGCGGCGUCGUCUCACGGUGAAAGACGCGAGCAUCCACGGCGGCUCUUUCCUCAAACCUCCCCCGGCGUUUAGGCGGAGGAAGCCGGGCGGAAAUGUGAGCGGCGGACCGCCGGUGGGAGCGUCGCGGAUGGAUGAGACCGCAGCGCCGCGUUGAUGCGGCAGCGACCCUUGAACGCACCGCAGGACAUCAGCCGCUAGUGUUUGUGCGAGGAAUCCGGUUUUCGUGAGGAACAAAAUAGCCGCCCUCUACCGGCUUUAAGAAUGGCGGCCGUGGUCAACUACUCGCCGCCCUGGUGGGUCAACCUACUCCACCGCUUGCCUCAUUUCAACCUGGACUUCCAGAUGGUCAGCAGCGACUUCCGGCCCGAAGACCCCGAGUAUCAGAAGUCGGUGCUGCUGCUCGGAGCCGUGGCCCUGCUGUGUUUGGGCCUGGACCUCCUCUUCCUCCUCUUCUACUCCUUCUGGCUUUGUUGCCGCCGCCGCAAGAGCGGCGAGUCCUCGCACUCCCACACGCACUCCCAGCAGCCCAGCGCCGACUGCUGCUGCACCGCCUGGUGCGUCAUCAUCGCCACCCUCGUGUGCAGCGCCGGCAUCGCGGUGGGUUUCUACGGAAACGGGGAGUCGAGCGAUGGCGCCAGCCGCCUGGCCUACUCCCUGCGCCACGCCAACCGCACCGUGUCCGGGAUCGAGAAACUGGUGUCGGACAGCGCUCUGGCGCUCAACCAGACGGUGGAGGAGAACCUGGUCCAGCUGGAGACGGCCUACAAGGAGCAGACGGACUACCUGUCCGUGGUCCAGAAGCUGCAGGGACAGCUGGACGAGCUGGUGAAGCUGAUGGUGGACAUCCCUUUCUGGACCAACACGCAGGUUUCUCUGGAGGACAUGGCCAGCCAGACGGAGGCUUUUGACUUCUACAGGUGGUUGGGUUACCUCGGCUUGCUGCUGUUCGAUGUCCUCAUUUGUCUCCUGGUGCUCUUUGGCCUGAUCCGGAACUCUCGGGGGACUCUGAUCGGCGUGUGUCUGCUGGGGGUGCUGACACUCGUCGUCAGCUGGGGGUCUCUGGGCCUGGAACUGGCUGUCGCUGCGUCGACCAGCGACUUCUGCGAUUCGCCCGACGCCUACAUCGCCCGGGCGACCAAGGAGAACGCCGUCAUCAAUCAAGACGUCCUGCAGUACUACCUGAGGUGCAGCCCCGGCCAGGUGAACCCCUUCCAGCAGAGGCUGUCGGGGAGUCACAAGGCGUUGGUGGAGAUGCAGGACGACGUGGCCGAGCUGCUGCGGUCUGCGACGCGGGACUACGCCAACACCAAGGGGACUCUGGAGCAGAUCCAGUUCGUGCUGAACUCCACCGAGGUGGGCCUCCACCAGCUGACGGCGCUGGUGGACUGUCGCAGCCUGCACAUGGAUUACGUGCAGGCGUUGACGGGCCUGUGCUACGACGGCGUGGAGGGCCUCAUCUACUUGGUGCUCUUCUCCUUCGUCACCGCCCUCAUGUUCUCUUCCAUCGUGUGCAGCGUGCCGCACACCUGGCCCGGCAAGAGGACGGACGAGGAGGACGGCGAGGACGAGUCGGGCGCCUCGCGGGGCGGCGUGCACGAUAACCUGUACCGCGUUCACAUGCCCAGUCUCUACAGCUGUGGCUCCAGCUACGGUAGCGAAGCUAGCCUGCCCGCCACCGCCCACACCGUCAGCAAUGCCCCCGUCACUGAAUACAUGAACCAGAACGCAAACUUUCAGAACCCGCGGUGUGAGAACACCCCCUUGAUUGGCAGGGAGUCCCCUCCACCCUCUUACACCUCCAGUAUGAGAGCCAAGUACCUGGCCACCAACCGCCCAGACCAGAACCGCCGCUCCGUCCCCAACGACCAACUGGACCCCACUAGUCGGCCGCACGCCACCGCCCGACCACAGUCCUCGGUCCACUAGGGACCAGAACGGCUAAAAAGGGUUCCGUUCUCCCAACGAGCCUGAACUCAACAGCUCAGCGAGUCGCUGAUGGAAGACAGAAGCACACUUUUGUCCACUUUACUUAAACACAACGCGCCUUGGCUCCUCCCCCCUUUACAACUUGCAAAACCACUAGGCUCUGUCUACUGCCCCCUAGUGGACACACUCACACACUGUACAAAGAUGUACAUAAUAACCAUCAUUUCAUGACGGAUCGAUCAUUGCUGGUGACGUGCUGUGCUGUGCACUUCAUUACUGUAUCUCUUAAACACACAUUGUGAAUAAAUAAUAAUAAUAAUAAUAAUAAUAAUAAUAUGACGUUUAGCUAGAAUCUAACUUCAACCAUGGACUUUUUCCAGGAAUUCUUUGGAUUUCAGCACUUGAAGGACAAAAACAAAAAAAAGGUGCCAAAAGAGCAAAGGAUGCCUGACGUGUCGGAGAAGAGACGCUUAUGUUUGACUCGAACUAAGGACAAAAAAAUAUCAUCGUACGACGACAACGAGGGAAGACCGGGGGGAAAAAAAGGAAGUGUUUGCUCGGUGCUACGUGAGUAACGUUUUCAGUCAUUUUUUUUUAGCGUUAGGACUAAAUAUUGGACGUUUACAAAAGUGAUACUGUGACAAACUUUUACCGACUUUUUAUUGUUUUUGUUGUUUUUUUACGUCCUCGUAAGCACAAGUUUUCUUCUCCUGCUAAUGUACAGCCUGUGUAAAAACGAUGCUAGCGUGUGAGACAUGGCUACAAACUUUGCCUUUUGUUUACAUUAUCGCUACGACGUCCGCGCUAAGGUCAUGUUUACGCGUCAACAUGCUAUGAAAAAUGUAAAAGACAUAAGGCUGUAAUGUGCAUGCCAGGCCAGUAGUUGGCGAUGUCAUUUAGUGAAGAAACCGUUUUUUUUAACGCGACAUGGCUUGCUAACGCUACUGCGCACAUUAGCAAUUGCAUUAUAUGUAAAGUGUAGUUCGUAAACGCUACUACCGUCUUCCGAUGUCUUUGACUAAACACACUUCGUUUUUAGCGCUCCUAUGACAAAAGUCAAUUGUCAGGUUCAAACACUGAUGACAUUUAUUAAACAAGACAAGAGGCAAAGAAUUAAACAGAGACAGAAUUCAAGUUGGACUCAAUAUAUUGAGGAGAGUCGCCCGGACAUCGUAUCCUUCAAAAAGUUCACAGAAAAGGUCGUAAACAAUUCACAGAAAAGGUCAGUUCAAAAAGAGUUCGUAAAAUAGUUCUAAAAUAUGUCCAUAAUAUAGUUCAAAAAGAGUUCGUCUGGAAAUUGGGCAGAUCCUGUCAUCUCUCCGCUUUGAAGUCCUUAGGCCAGAACAACAUCCUUCUGUUGAUUACCAUACAUGAGAGAAAACGGAAAACCCUUCAUGUGACUUACCCCCGUACACAGUGGAGUUUAACGAGCAUUCUUCUUGGUAGGUUUCAAAGACAGCUUUUGUCUUCGUACUUGACAGAACUCAAUACAACACGAAGUUUUUUGUGAUAAUUUAGAAACAAUAAUUCUAACAUAAAUCUAUCGGGUUUUAGGAAACACGCUACGUGUAAGUAAAGAAAUGUCCAAAACGACUACGUUUUAGUCGUUCAUUUAGUCGAGUUAGCAUUUGUGUCGUAGCUGCCAACAACUACGACGUUACAGCGUUACAACAUUUCGAUCCAACGACCACUUCUCGUAUUAGCGAGACAAUCUUGUCUGAUUCUUUCGGAACAUGUUCGACGCUAAGACCGCAACUAGCCGUAUUGCAAGUGUUCUUGCGCUUUGGAUGCGUUAAAACGUUCGUACAAAAUGCGAUGCAAUGUUCCACCGUUACUGUGUAAAAGUUUUCACAGUUUUUCGUUUUUAGCGUUCAAAUGGGAACCGUUUUUGUCACUUUUUUUUUAGUUUUUGGCAUUUUUGUCGUAGUACUUUCGCAGUUUCGUUCAGCAUUUCAACAUUUUAUUCAUCCAACGGCCACUUCUCAUGUUAGCGAGAUCGGAAUUUUUUUCACGCUAACAUUACGACUCGCCGUGUUACAAGUGUCCUUUCACUUUGGAUGCGUUAAAUGUUCGUACAAAA